AAAAACAAUGUUUGUCAUCUUUCUAAGCGACUGAAACAAAAACACUUCAGGAAAGAUUUCAGUUAUUUGCCGGUUUUAUCAAGACAAACACACAGUAACUUGAGUGAACUUUUACGACAUGGAAGAUAACAAAAACACUCGACCUGGAUAUCCAUCACCAUUAUGGGCUAUGAAAAAUGGUCCUCGUGAAAAGAUUCUUUAUGUCGUGACUGUUCAACCAAACGCAAACGAUGAAAACGGUGAUUAUUUGUCAACUGUUGACGUGGAUCCGCAAAGUGAAACAUUUUGUCAAGUUAUUCAUCGAGCAUAUGCCGGUAGGAGGGGUCAAGAGUUUCAUCACACUGGCUGGAAUACUUGUAGCAGUUGUCAUUCAUGUUCGAAGGCUUGUGACACUCCAAAAAGGGACAAACUUGUUCUUCCAUGUCUCAUGAGUGAUGCGAUAUUUAUUUUCGAUGUUGGAAAUGAUCCGAAAGCACCAAAAUUAUUCAAGAUAAUUGAGGGUGAUGUGCUUCGUAAAAAUAACGUUUCAGCACCUCACACUUCACAUUGCUUGGCUAAUGGGAAUAUCAUGAUUUCAACAAUGGGCGAUGCCGAAGGCAAUUCAUGCGGCGAUUUCAUUCUUUUCGAUAAGAAUUUUGAUUGUCUAGGUACGUGGACGAAAGGAAAGAAAGCAAUUUGCGGGUAUGAUUUCUGGUAUCAACCUCAUUUCAAUAUUAUGGUUGCUAGUGAAUGGGGUGCACCGAAAAUCUUCAGACGUGGCUACGAAAACACUGACAUCGAAUCAGAAACUGAUUAUGGAAGGCGAAUCAACUUUUAUGAUUGGAAAGAACAGAAACUUAUCGACACAAUACAUUUGGGAGAUGAAGGAAUUACUCCACUAGAAAUUCGCUUCACUCACAAUCCAAAACGAUGUGAAGGCUUUGUUGGUGCUUGCUUAUAUUCAAAUGUUUUUCGAUUCUACAAGAAAAAUCCAACAGAUGAGAAGUUUACAUGUGAAAAGAUUAUUGACGUUCCAGCAAAGAAAAUUGAAGGUUCAGAUGUGAACGGAAUGAUGACUGACAUUCUUCUGUCACUUGACGAUCGAUUUUUGUAUUUCAGUAAUUGGAUGCAUGGUGAUGUUCGUCAAUAUGAUGUCAGUGAUCCAUCAAAGCCUAUUUUAACAGGUCAACUGUUUCUCGGUGGUGUCGUUUUGAACGACUCAAAUGUGAAAGUAAUUGAAGAUAAAGAAUUGAAGCAACAGCCAGCACCAUGUGUCAUCAAAGGACGAAGAUUAGAAGGAGGCCCACAAAUGCUUCAACUUUCUCUUGAUGGAAAACGUUUAUAUGUAUCGUCAUCACUUUUCUCCCCUUGGGACAAGCAAUUCUAUCCUAAAAUGGUACGUGCUGGUGGGACAAUUGUCCAAAUUGAUAUUGAUGUCGAAAAAGGUGGAAUGAAAUUGAAUGAAAAUUUCUUAGUCGACUUUGGCAAUGAACCAAACGGCCCAUCGUUGCCACAUGAAAUGAGAUAUCCAGGUGGUGAUUGUACAUCAGAUAUUUGGUUAGCUAACGAUGAUUGAUGAAAUGUUUUGUAGAAUUAUUUCAAUUGAGAUGGCAGAUGAAAUAUAAAGUUGAAGCUU